AUGCCGGCCUCUCCCGCACCGACACCAGGAGCGGCGACACAGCCCGCACGGAUCCCAGCCCCGGACUGGAACCGCGCCCUGGACUCGCCCCCCUAUGGGCGGAAAGCGGAGGAGGACGAUGAAGGGGCAACCCGCAAUCGGGGAAUAGUAAGAAGCGGGGGGAGAACGAGAGAGAAGGCGAAAGAGGACGCGGGAAGGCCGUACUUGAGGAGGGUCAUAGACGAAUGGCUCGAUCGCAAGGACCGAGGGAUGUCCCUCCAGGAUCGAGCUAUGGCGUUAGCUGAUCGCCCGCUACAUGCCGAAGACAUAGUAGACACCGGAGUGCCACUAUCGGACGAGAGCGCGGGCGAAAUCCCUAACUACCGCUUCCACCUGAAAGGCCCCUUGCUAUCCGAACUGAAGGAGUGCGUCAGAAAGGUACAAGCGCUGGUGGACGAGGCGGCGACUUGGCGAGUGAACCGAGUCGGGCCAAGCUAUCAGAUCGACGCAAAGGGGCGCAUCAUCAACGUUCUACGCAACGCAGUAACCCUCGAACAGCUCCAUCUCAAUUACAGAAAUCUCCGUUCUCGGCUCGGGGCAGGCAUAGACAAGCUGAACGAUCUGAAGGAGGAAGACGCCGACGCGGAUAUACCAUUGAGAAUCAGCCCCACGCUAACCUCUUCCACUAUGCGCAAAGAAUUGGCUAGCGACAGGAAUCUCUCGCCGGACUAUAAAGGGAGCUCGUCCAACAGUCCUGGGUCAGGAACGUCGGCCCAACGAUAG